GAUCAGAGCUUCAUUCAGCAUAGACACAGUCAAGCUACACACACGUACUCUCUCUCUCUCUCACACACACACACACACACACACACGAGCGCGCGCGCGAGAGAGAGAGAGCUCAAGCGCGCACACACUUCUAAUCCAGCACUCUUGAACGGACAAUCCAGUGCAGAGAUGCACCGAGCCGACUCGGAAUAAAGGAGCGAAUUCACAAUAACUGGAGAGAUUCUAGAUUCCUUUAAAAUCGAGACAAUUGCGCCCAGGAAGAAAAGUUCGCAACUCGGAGGGUUGGACACGGAAAUCCUGAACCGACCACGGAAUUCUGUGAGCCCAGUCGGACCAUCUCAGAGACACACAGGACGUUUUCAGAGCUGUUGAUUUUGAGAAAAGUAUUUUUUUGUUUGUUUGUUUGUUUUGUUUUGCUUUUUAUCUGUCCUGCUUUGGAGAGCUGCUGAAGGAAGAAUUUGCAGUCCGGACUGGUGAGCAAGAGCCAGAAGAUUGGAGCAAGAUGCUGCAGUUUUUCAUCGCUUUUAUCUUUUUAGGAGCAGCUACCGAAGCCGCCUACUUUUCCCAGCAGCCCCAGGACCAGGUGGUGAUGGCCGGCCAAUCGGUGACGCUUCCGUGUGUCAUCGUGGGAUAUCGAGGCAUGGUCCAGUGGACCAAAGAUGGCCUAGCACUCGGUGGAGAGCGAGAUUUACCCGGUUGGGCACGUUACUCCCUGAUGGGAGAUCCACUAUCAGGGGAGCACAGCUUGGUGAUCGAAUCAGCAGAGCUGGCCGAUGAUGCCGUGUACGAGUGCCAGGCCACACAAGCAGGACUGCGCUCACACCGAGCCAAACUCACCGUCCUGGUGCCACCUUCGGACCCUGUCGUAGAGGGAGGGCCUGUGGUGCGUCUGAAAGCCCACACUCCCCAUAACCUGACAUGCCGGGCAUCCGGAGCCAAGCCUGCAGCUGAGAUCACCUGGUACAGGGAUGGUGAGGUCAUGCACACUGCGAUCUAUUCGAAGUCACUGAUGGAGGAUGGGAAAAGGGAGACGGCGGUCAGCCUUCUGCCUCUGGUGCCCGAUGACCGUGAUUCGGGGCGGACGUACACCUGCAGGGUUCUAAACCCAGCAGCCCCGGGUGGACGCCAGACUUCCAUAACCAUCAACGUUCAACAUCCCCCGUCUGUCACUCUGUCCGUUCAGCCUCAGACUGUAAUGGAAGGAGCCAAAGUGCUGUUCCUCUGCUCAGCUUCUGCCAGCCCAGAGAUCACUGGCUACAGGUGGUGUAAAGGUGGCAUCCCCAUCCCUGAGGCCAAAGGGGACAGUCUGGAGGUGACAGUGGACUACUCAUAUUUCACAGACCCUGUGUCCUGCGAGGUGUCCAACUCUGUGGGGAGCACAAACGUCAGCACACUGGUGGACGUGCAGUUCGGUCCCAGGCUUUUAUCGGAGCCUAAACCACAGACAGUGGACACAGGCAUGGAUGCGGCGUUCACCUGCGCCUGGACUGGCAACCCUCCACUCACCCUGGCGUGGACCAAACAGGGAUCCAGUGUGGUGCUCAGCAACAGCAACACACUCCACCUCAAGGCCGUGACUCAGGAAGACUCCGGGACGUACACCUGCAAAGCCAUCGUACCGAGGAUCGGCGUGGCCGAGAGAGACGUCACACUCACUGUAAACGGUCCACCCAUCAUCACGGCUGAGGCUACGCAGCAGGCUGUCAAACACGCCAAAGGAAAGCUGGAGUGUCUGGUGGGCAGCAGCCCUCCGCCUGACAAAAUAGUGUGGACGUUCGGGGACACGAGCUUGUCCUCUGGUUCCUCAGGCCGUUUCUCGGUGCAGACGGUGAACAGCGACCGUGGCGUCCUGUCCUCACUUAUCCUGUCUGAGACGCUGGCUCAAGAUUUCCAGCUGAGAUACAACUGCACUGCAUGGAACCGCUUCGGAACUGGCACAGUGCUCGUCACGCUCAAAGAACAAGAAGCACUGCCCUUGCUCAUCAUCAUCGGGUCGUCUGUUGGAGGAGGAUGUGUUUUCAUAGUUUGCGUCAUCACCUUGGCUUCCAUCUGCUGCCGCCACGCUGCUAAAGGAAAAAAAGGGACACGUCUAUCCAAGAGUGACAUCCGUGUGCAGAUCGUGCACAGCGACCACAACGCAACCCGUGGGAACGAUGACGAGGAGGACGUGAAGGAACCCAUGGCUCCCAACAGCAGCGAGUCUCCCGGGACAUCACGCACCGAGCACAGCGAUCUUCUUGAAGAAGAAGAUGACGAAAGAUCAGAUAUUAAGGACCCCACGAACGGCUACUACAAUGUUCGUGGUCAUGACGACCGCCAUGUUGCACGCACCGGCUUUUCCGAGUUUGUCCCGACCUCGCGUCCCGUGUACACGCCGUGCCAGCUUCCGUCUCCAGGCCCACUGUACAGCCAGAGCACCACCCAGCCACGUGUCUAUGACUUCUCCAACCGCUACGCCACCACCCCAGCCACCCGCACCACCUAUGAGCAGCAACCCCAACAACAGCAGCAACAACAACAACAACAACAACAACCACAGCCACAACAGCAAACAACUCCCACAAUGUACCCACAGGACCCACUGUACAUGCCCAACACCUACGGCCGCGCCUUCACCAGCUACGUAAAACCCACCUCCUACGACAAAGUGGACACUUUUGAGCAAUCAGAUCAGGCCAGUAAGGUGUCCGGGACGUCCCGCUUCUCCUACGCUUCCUCGCAGCAGUCAGACUACGGACGGCCGUCCCAGCAGCGCAUGCAGACUCACGUGUGAGCACCAGAAAUUGCAGAUGGUGCCAGGUUUGAUCCAUGAAGGACUUCUCCCCUUAAUCUUAAAUGUGCAUUGGGAGUCAGAUUCGGAUUAUCCUUCUUGAGCUUUCGGAGUAAGGAGAACUGCAGGACAACUCCCAUUUCUGAGUCCUCUGGAUUGUCUAAGCUAAUUUAAUCGUGUUUAGCUUUGUUUACUAGCUGAACUUCUGGUGAAUGAAUGCCAUUCUUUUUUAAUCUCACUUAUUAUGGAGACAGGCACGUCAGGACGCUUCGGCGUCUCCGAGUGGUCUGUGAUAGGAAUCGAAUGAACUAACUUUUGUAAAUGAGAAGCUAAUGAUCUUAUGCUGGACCACAAUCAAAAAAAAAAAAAAAACAACAAAAA